AUGGCCGAAGGCGGAGAAGGAGAAGAUGAUGUCCAGUUUCUCCGGACUGAAGAUGAGGUUGUCCUGCAGUGCAGCGCCACCGUACUGAAGGAGCAGCUCAAACUCUGCCUGGCGGCCGAAGGCUUUGGAAACCGACUCUGCUACUUGGAACCCACCAGCAAUGCCCAGAACGUGCCCCCCGAUCUCGCCAUCUGCUGCUUCGUGCUGGAGCAGUCCCUGUCAGUGCGGGCUCUGCAAGAGAUGCUCGCUAACACCAUGGACGCCAGCGCUGAGUCGUCCCAGGGCGGGGGGCACCGUACACUUCUCUACGGUCACGCCAUCUUGUUGAGACACGCCCACAGUCGCAUGUACCUGAGUUGCCUGACCACCUCCCGCUCCCUGACCGACAAACUGGCUUUCGACGUGGGGCUGCAGGAAGAUGCCUCCGGGGAAGCGUGCUGGUGGACCAUGCAUCCGGCCUCCAAGCAGCGGUCGGAAGGGGAGAAGGUUCGUGUUGGAGACGAUCUCAUCUUGGUCAGCGUCUCCUCCGAGCGCUAUCUGCAUCUGUCUACAGCCAGCGGGGACCUGCAGGCCGACGCCUCCUUCAUGCAGACGUUGUGGAACAUGAAUCCCAUCUGCUCCGGUGGCGAGGAAGGAUAUGUUACCGGAGGCCACGUGAUGCGCCUGUUUCACGGUCACAUGGACGAGUGUCUGACCAUCUCCCCGUCUGACAGCGAUGACCAGCGCAGGUUGGUGCACUACGAAGGGGGGGCCGUGUGCACCCACGCCCGCUCUCUCUGGCGGUUGGAGCCUCUGCGUAUCAGCUGGAGCGGUAGCCACCUGCGCUGGGGUCAGCCCCUGCGGAUCCGUCACGUAACCACGGGCCGCUACCUGGCUCUGACGGAAGAGCAGGGGCUGGUGGUCGUGGACGCAGCCAGAGCUCCUACCAAGGCCUCCGCUUUCUGCUUCCGCGCCUCCAAGGAGAAGCUGGACGUGGCCCCGAAGAGGGACGUGGAAGGGAUGGGCCCCCCGGAGAUCAAGUACGGGGAGUCGCUCUGCUUCGUCCAGCACGUGGCCUCGGGGCUGUGGCUCACCUACGCUGCCACCGACACCAAGGCCUUGAGACUCGGCCUGCUCAAGAGGAAGGCCAUGCUGCACCAGGAAGGCCACAUGGACGACGCUCUGUCGCUGACCCGUUGCCAGCAGGAGGAAUCCCAGGCUGCCCGCAUGAUCUACAGCACCGCCGGCCUCUACAGCCUCUUCAUCAAGGGCUUGGACAGCCUGAGUGGGAAGCCGAAGGGCACGGGACAGAGCGUGUCGCUGCCCAUCGAAGGGGUGAGCCUCAGCCUGCAGGAUCUCAUCAGCUACUUCCAGCCGCCCCGCGACGACCUGCAGCACGAAGAGCGACAGACCAAGCUGCGCUCCCUCCGCAACCGACAGAACCUCUUCCAGGAGGAGGGCAUGCUAUCGCUGGUGCUGAACUGCAUCGACAGGCUCAACGUCUACUCCACCGCCGCCCACUUCGCCGAAUUCGCCGGCGAGGAGGCCGCCGACUCCUGGAAGGAGAUCGUCAACCUGCUCUAUGAACUUCUGGCCUCUUUGAUUCGUGGGAACCGCGCCAACUGUGCCCUCUUCUCCACCAACCUGGACUGGCUUGUCAGCAAGCUAGAUCGGCUGGAGGCCUCCUCGGGGAUCCUGGAGGUGCUCUACUGCGUGCUCAUCGAGAGCCCCGAGGUUCUCAACAUCAUCCAGGAGAACCACAUCAAAUCCAUCAUCUCCCUGCUGGACAAGCAUGGACGCAACCACAAGGUGCUGGACGUGCUGUGCUCGCUGUGCGUGUGCAACGGCGUGGCCGUGCGCUCCAACCAGGACCUCAUCACGGAAAACCUGCUCCCCGGCCGGGAGCUGCUGCUGCAGACCUGCCUUGUCAACUAUGUGACCAGCAUCCGCCCCAACAUCUUUGUGGGCCGGGCGGAGGGCUCCACGCAGUAUCGCCAGUGGUACUUCGAGGUGAUGGUGGACUCCGUGCAGCCCUUCCUGACGGCCCAGCCCACCCACCUGCGGGUGGGCUGGGCGCUCAGCGAGGGCUACAGCCCCUACCCCGGGGGCGGCGAGGGCUGGGGAGGCAACGGCGUCGGCGACGACCUCUACUCCUACGGCUUCGACGGGCUGCACCUCUGGGCAGGGCGGGUGGCACGGCCGGUGGCCUCCCCCGGGCAGCACCUGCUGGCGCCCGAGGACGUGGUGAGCUGCUGUCUGGAUCUCAACGUCCCGUCCAUCUCGUUCCGCAUCAACGGCUGCCCCGUGCAGGGCAUGUUCGAGGGCUUCAACCUCGACGGCCUCUUCUUCCCCGUCGUCAGCUUCUCGGCCGGCGUCAAGUUGCGUUUCCUGCUGGGGGGGCGUCACGGAGACUUCAAGUUCCUGCCCCCGCCCGGCUACGCGCCCUGCUACGAGGCCCUGCUGCCGCGGGAGCGUAUGCGCCUGGAGCCCAUCAAGCAGUAUCGGCAGGAGGGUCUGCGGGGAGCCCACCUGGUGGGCCCGGCUCGUUGCCUCUCCCACACCGACUUCACCCCCUGCCCCGUCGACACCGUCCAGAUCGUCCUCCCUCCGCACCUGGAGCGCAUCCGCGAGAAGCUGGCGGAGAACAUCCACGAGCUGUGGGCGCUGACCCGGAUCGAGCAAGGCUGGACCUACGGGCCUGUCCGGGAUGACAAUAAGCGGCUCCACCCGUGUCUGCUCGACUUCCACAGCCUCCCCGAGCCAGAGCGCAACUACAACCUGCAGAUGUCCGGGGAGACCCUCAAGACGCUGUUGGCCUUGGGUUGCCACGUAGGCAUGGCGGACGAGAAGGCUGAAGAAAACCUCAAAAAGACCAAGCUCCCCAAAACGUACAUGAUGAGCAACGGGUACAAGCCGGCCCCCCUGGACCUGGCCCACGUGCGGCUGACACCGGCGCAGACGACGCUGGUGGACCGGCUGGCGGAGAACGGGCACAACGUGUGGGCGAGGGACCGGGUGCAGCAGGGCUGGAGCUACAGCACCGUGCAGGACAUCCAGGCCCGCCGCAACCCCCGCCUCGUGCCCUACCGCCUGCUCGACGAGCGCACCAAGCGCAGCAACCGCGACAGCCUCUGCCAGGCCGUGCGAACCCUCCUGGGCUACGGCUACAACAUCGAGCCCCCCGACCAGGAAGCCGCCCACACGGAGACCCGAUCGCGCUGGGACCGGGUGCGAAUCUUCCGGGCCGAGCGAUCGUACGCCGUGCGCAGCGGCCGCUGGUACUUCGAGUUCGAGGCGGUGACCACCGGGGAGAUGCGCGUCGGCUGGGCCCGGCCGGACCUGCGGCCUGACGUGGAGCUCGGCGCCGACGAUCUGGCCUACGUCUUCAACGGACACCGGGGGCAGCGCUGGCAUGUGGGCAGCGAGCCGUUUGGGCGCACCUGGCAGCCGGGCGACGUGGUCGGCUGCAUGAUCGAUCUGACGGACAACAGCAUCAUGUUCACCCUCAACGGCGAGUUGCUCAUCAGCGACUCGGGCUCGGAGGCGGCCUUCAAGGAGAUCGAGAUCGGCGACGGCUUCGUCCCGGUGUGCAGCCUGGGCCCCGGCCAGGUGGGGCGGCUGGAGCUGGGCCAGGACGUGGGCAACCUGCGUUACUUCACCAUCUGCGGGCUCCAGGAGGGCUUCGAGCCCUUCGCCAUCAACAUGAAGCGAGACAUCACCACCUGGUUCAGCAAGAGCCUGCCUCAGUUCGACCCCAUCCCGCCCGACCACCCCCACUACGAGGUGACGCGGAUGGACGGCACGGUGGACAGUCCCCCCUGCCUGCGGGUGACCCACCGGACCUGGGGCUCGCAGAACAGCGUCACGGAGAUCAUCUUCCUGCGCCUCAGUCUACCCGUCCAGUUCCACCAGCAGUUCCGCUGCACCCCCGGGGCCACCCCGCUGGCCCCGGCCGGACCCCCGCCCCCGCCCGAGGACGAGGCCCGGGCCGCCGAGCCCGACUCCGACUACGAGCAGCUGUGCAAGUCGGCCGGCAGGAAGGAGGCCGAAGGGGCCGGCGACAAGGACGGGCCCGGGCCCAAGGAGCCGGCGGCCGGGGGUGGGCGUGGGGAGGCGUCCAGGGCCGAGAACGAGAAGGACGUGGCCACGGAGAAGAGCAAGAAGAGGGGGUUCCUCUUCAAGGCCAAGAAGGCUGCCAUGAUGUCCCAGACGCCCGCUACCCCGACGCUGCCCCGUCUGACAGAGGAUGUGGUCCCCGAUGAUCGCGAUGACCCCGAGAUCAUCCUCAACACCACCACGUACUACUACUCGGUGCGGGUGUUCGCGGGGCAGGAGCCCAGCGCCGUCUGGGUGGGCUGGGUCACCCCCGAUUACCACCAGCACGACCUGGCCUUCGAGCUGAGCAAGGUCCGGGCGGUGACCGUCACCAUGGGAGACGAGCAGGGCAACGUGCACAACAGCCUGAAACGCAGUAACUGCUACAUGGUGUGGGGAGGCGACUUUGUGAGCAGCGGUCAGCAGAGCCGGGUCAGCCACACGGACCUGGUCAUCGGCUGCCUGGUGGACCUGGCCACCGGCCUCAUGACCUUCACGGGCAACGGCAAAGAGAGCAACACUUUCUUCCAGGUGGAGCCCAACACCAAGCUGUUUCCUGCCGUCUUCGUGCUGCCCACCAACCAGAACCUGGUCCAGUUCGAGCUGGGGAAGCUGAAGAACAUCAUGCCGCUGUCGGCCGCCAUGUUCCUGAGCGAGCGGAAGAACCCGGUGCCCCAGUGCCCGCCGCGCCUGGUGGUGCAGAUGCUGCGGCCGGUGACCUGGAGCCGAAUGCCCAACCAGUUCCUGCGCGUCAACACGCAGCGCCAGAGCGAGCGACUCGGCUGGGCCGUCGAGUGCACGGAACCGCUCACCAUGAUGGCGCUGCACAUCCCCGAGGAGAACCGGUGCAUCGACAUCCUGGAGCUGGCCGAGCGGCUGGACCUGCAGCGCUUCCACUCGCACUCUCUGCGUCUGUACUGCGCCGUGUGCGCGCUGGGCAACAACCGCGUGGCUCACGCACUGUGCAGCCACGUGGACCAGGCGCAGCUGCUGCACACCAUCGAGGACCACCACCUGCCCGGCCUGCUGCGCGCUGGCUACUACGACCUGCUCAUCUCCAUCCACCUGGAGAGCGCCCGCCGCGCCCGCCGCUCCAUGCAGGGCGAGUUCAUCGUGCCCAUGACGGACGCCACCAAGGGCAUCACCCUGUACCCGCCGGCCGGGCGCGGACGGCACGGGCUGCCCGGCGUGGGUGUGUCCACCUCCCUGCGCCCCCCCCUGCACUUCGCGCCCCCCUGCUUCGUGGCGGCCCCGGGGGGCGAGACCUCGGCCCGGCUCAGCCCCGCCGUGCCCCUCGAGGUGCUCAAGGCCAAGGCCCUGCACAUGCUGACCGAGGCCGUGCGGGAGAGCGGCCAGCACGCCCGGGACCCCGUGGGCGGUUCCGUCGAGUUCCAGUUCGUGCCGGUGCUCAAGCUGGUCUCGGCCCUGCUGGUCAUGGGCGUGUUCGACGACGACGACGUCAAACACAUCCUGAGGAUGAUCGAGCCCGACGUCUUCGCCGAGCCCGAGGAGGAAGAGGUGGAGGAGGAGGAGGAGGAGGAGGAGGAGGAAGAAGAGGACGAGGAGGAGGUGGAGGAGGAAGAGGAGGACGAGGAGAAGGAGGAGGAAGAGGAGAAAGAGGACGCCGAGAAGGAGGAGGAGGAAGGAGGGGAAGAGAAGGAGGAGGAGCUGGAGGAGGGGCUGCUGCAGAUGAAACUGCCCGAAUCCGUCAAGCUGCAGAUGUGCCACCUCCUGGAGUAUUUCUGCGACCAGGAGCUGCAGCACCGCGUGGAGGCCCUGAUCGCCUUCUCGGAGAGCUACGUGGAGCGGCUGCAGGCCAACCAGCGCGGCCGCUACGGGCAGCUCAUGAUGGCCUUCACCAUGUCGGCCGCCGAGACGGCCCGCCGCACCCGCGAGUUCCGUUCGCCGCCCCAGGAGCAGAUCAACAUGCUGCUGCACUUCAAGGGGGGCGCGGACGAGGAGGACUGUCCGGUGCCCGACGACGUGCGCCAGGACCUGCUGCAGUUUCACGAGGAUCUGAUGACGCACUGUGGUGUGCAGCUGCAGGGGGAGGAAGAGGAGCAGGAGGAGGAGAGCUCCCUGGGCGGUCGGCUGCUCAGCCUCCUGGAGAAGGUGAAACUGGUGAAGAAGAAGGAACCGGAGCAAGAAGAGGAGCCGGCCCAGGAGGAACCCAAGCCUACCUCCCUGCAGGAGCUGAUUUCGCACACCAUGGUGCACUGGGCUCGGGAGGCCUUCAUCCAGAGCCCGGAGCUGGUGCGGGCCAUGUUCAGUCUCCUGCACCGCCAGUACGACGGCGUCGGGGAGGUGCUGCGGGCCCUGCCCCGCGCCUACACCAUCUCCGCCGGCUCCGUGGACGACACCAUGAGCCUCCUGGAGAGCCUGGGCCAGAUCCGCUCCCUGCUCAUCGUGCAGAUGGGACCCCAGGAGGAGAACCUCAUGAUCCAGAGCAUCGGGAACAUCAUGAACAACAAAGUGUUCUACCAGCACCCCAACCUGAUGCGGGCCCUGGGCAUGCACGAGACGGUCAUGGAGGUCAUGGUCAACGUCCUCGGGGGCGGAGAGUCCAAGGAGAUCCGCUUCCCCAAGAUGGUGACCAGCUGCUGCCGUUUCCUCUGCUACUUCUGCCGCAUCAGCCGCCAGAAUCAGCGCUCCAUGUUUGACCACCUCAGCUACCUGCUGGAGAACAGCAGCAUCGGCUUGGGCAUGCGGGGCUCCACACCCCUGGACGUCGCCGCCGCCUCCGUCAUCGACAACAACGAACUGGCCCUGGCUCUGCAAGAGCAGGACUUGGAGAAGGUGGUGUCAUAUCUGGCCGGUUGCGGGCUGCAGAGUUGCCCCAUGCUGCUGGCCAAGGGCUACCCUGACAUCGGCUGGAACCCCUGCGGCGGGGAGCGAUACCUCGACUUCUUGCGCUUCGCCGUCUUCGUCAACGGGGAGAGCGUGGAGGAGAAUGCCAACGUGGUGGUGCGGCUGCUGAUCCGCAGACCCGAAUGCUUCGGGCCCGCACUGCGGGGCGAGGGGGGCUCGGGCCUACUUGCCGCCGUGGAGGAGGCCAUCCGCAUCUCCGAGGACCCGGCCCGCGACGGACCCACCCACCGCAAGGACCGACGGCGAGAGCACUUUGGCGGGGAAGAGGCACCAGAGGAGAACCGCGUCCACCUGGGGAACGCCAUCAUGUCCUUCUACGCGGCCCUCAUUGACCUGCUGGGCCGCUGCGCCCCCGAGAUGCAUCUGAUCCAGGCCGGGAAGGGCGAAGCGCUGCGGAUCCGGGCCAUCCUGCGCUCCCUGGUGCCGCUGGAGGACCUGGUGGGCGUCAUCAGCCUCCCGCUGCAGAUCCCCGCCUUUGGCAAGGACGGGAACACGGUGGAGCCCCGCAUGUCGGCCAGCUUCGUGCCCGACCACAAGGCGCCCAUGGUCCUCUUCCUCGACCGGGUGUACGGCAUCGACAGCCAGGACUUCCUGCUGCACGUACUGGAGGUCGGCUUCCUGCCCGACAUGCGGGCCGCGGCCUCGCUGGACACGGCGGCGUUCAGCACAACGGAGAUGGCCCUGGCCUUGAACCGCUACCUGAGCCUGGCGGUGCUGCCCCUGAUCACCAAGUGCGCCCCGCUGUUCGCCGGCACCGAGCACCGCGCCAUCAUGGUGGACUCCAUGCUGCACACCAUCUACCGCCUGUCCCGAGGCCGCUCGCUCACCAAGGCGCAGCGCGACGUCAUCGAGGACUGCCUCAUGGCCCUCUGCAGGUACAUCCGGCCGUCCAUGCUCCAGCACCUGCUGCGACGCCUCGUGUUCGACGUGCCCAUCCUCAACGAGUUUGCCAAGAUGCCCCUUAAACUGCUGACCAAUCACUACGAGCGCUGCUGGAAGUAUUACUGCCUCCCUACGGGCUGGGCCAACUUCGGGGUCACCUCGGAGGAGGAGCUGCACCUCACCCGCAAGCUCUUCUGGGGGAUCUUUGAGUCUCUGGCUCACAAGAAGUUCGACGCCGAGCUGUACCGCAUCGCCAUGCCCUGCCUGUGUGCCAUCGCGGGCGCUCUGCCCCCCGACUACGUCGACGCCUCCUACUCCUCCAAGACUGAGAAGAAGGCCAGUGUGGAUGCCGAGGGAAACUUCGACCCCAAACCCGUGGAGACGCUCAAUGUGAUCAUCCCAGAGAAGCUGGAUUCGUUCAUCAACAAGUACGCAGAGUACACCCACGAGAAAUGGGCGUUCGACAAGAUCCAGAACAAUUGGUCAUUUGGGGAGAACAUUGACGAGGACGCCAAGACUCAUCACAUGCUGCGGCCCUACAAGACCUUCUCUGAAAAGGACAAGGAGAUCUACCGAUGGCCCAUCAAGGAAUCUCUCAAAGCCAUGAUCGCGUGGGAGUGGACAGUGGAGAAAGCCCGGGAGGGGGAGGAGGAAAAAGGCGAAAAGAAGACGAAGACACGCAAGAUCUCCCAGAAUGCUCAGGCUACCUAUGACCCCAGCCAUGGCUACAAUCCACAGCCCGUCGAUCUCUCUACUGUCACCCUGUCCCGGGAGCUGCAGGCCAUGGCUGAGCAGCUGGCAGAGAAUUAUCACAACACUUGGGGACGCAAGAAGAAGCUGGAGCUGGAGGCCAAAGGCGGGGGCACCCACCCGCUGCUGGUCCCCUACGACACCCUGACGGCCAAGGAGAAGGCUCGCGACCGCGAGAAGGCCCAGGAACUACUCAAAUUCCUACAGAUGAACGGUUACGCCGUCACCCGGGGUCUGAAGGAUAUGGAGCUGGACACUUCCUCUAUCGAGAAGCGCUUUGCCUUCAGUUUCCUGCAGCAGCUUCUGCGUUGGAUGGACAUUUCCCAGGAAUUCAUUGCCCACUUGGAGGCCGUGGUGAGCAGCGGCCGAGUGGAGAAGUCGCCUCAUGAGCAAGAGAUCAAGUUUUUUGCCAAGAUCCUACUGCCGCUCAUCAGUCAAUAUUUCACCAAUCACUGCCUCUACUUCCUGUCCACGCCAGCCAAGGUGCUGGGCAGUGGCGGCCACGCCUCCAACAAGGAGAAGGAGAUGCUCACCAGUCUGUUCUGUAAACUGGCCGCCCUGGUUCGCCACCGAGUCUCUCUCUUCGGGACGGACGCUCCGGCCGUGGUCAACUGUCUCCACAUCCUCGCCCGCUCCUUGGACGCCCGGACGGUGAUGAAGUCGGGGCCGGAGAUCGUCAAGGCCGGGCUGCGCUCCUUCUUCGAGAGCGCCUCCGAGGACAUCGAGAAGAUGGUGGAGAACCUGAAGCUGGGGAAGGUGUCCCAGGCGCGGACCCAGGUCAAGGGGGUCGGGCAGAACCUCACCUACACCACCGUGGCCCUUCUCCCGGUCCUCACCUCCCUCUUCCAGCACAUCGCCCAGCACCAGUUCGGGGACGAUGUCAUACUGGACGACGUCCAGGUGUCCUGCUAUCGGACUCUGUGCAGCAUUUACUCGCUGGGCACCACCAAGAACCCGUAUGUGGAAAAGCAGCGGCCGGCCCUGGGGGAGUGCCUGGCCCGGUUGGCGGCGGCCAUGCCAGUGGCCUUUCUGGAACCCCAGCUCAACGAGUUCAACGCGUGCUCCGUCUACACCACCAAGUCCCCGCGGGAGCGAGCGCUGCUGGGGCUCCCUAACUGCGUGGAGGAGAUGUGCCCCGACAUCCCGGAGCUGGACCGGCUGAUGCGUGAAAUCGGGGGGCUGGCCGAGUCGGGUGCCCGUUAUACCGAGAUGCCCCACGUGAUCGAGGUGACGCUGCCCAUGCUGUGCAACUAUCUGCCGCGCUGGUGGGAGCGGGGGCCCGAGACCGCCUCCUCCGGGACGCCCCCGCCCUGCACCAGCGUCACCUCCGACCACCUCAACUCCCUCCUGGGAAACAUUCUGCGCAUCAUCGUCAACAACCUGGGCAUCGACGAGGCCUCGUGGAUGAAGAGGCUGGCAGUGUUCGCCCAGCCCAUCGUGAGCCGGGCGCGGCCCGAGCUGCUGCGAUCGCACUUCAUCCCCACCGUGGGGCGGCUGCGGAAACGCGCGGGGAAGGUGGUGUCCGAGGAGGAGCAGCUGCGCCUGGAGGCCAAGGCCGAGGCGGAGGAGGGCGAGCUGCUCAUCCGGGACGAGUUCUCCGUGCUCUGCCGCGACCUCUACGCCCUCUACCCGCUGCUCAUCCGCUACGUGGACAACAAUCGGGCGCACUGGCUGACCGAGCCCAAUCCGGACGCGGAAGAGCUGUUCCGCAUGGUCGGAGAGAUCUUUAUCUACUGGUGCAAGUCUCACAACUUCAAACGAGAAGAGCAGAACUUCGUGGUUCAGAACGAGAUAAACAACAUGUCUUUCCUGACUGCCGACAGCAAGAGCAAGAUGGCCAAGGCGGGAGAAAGUCAGUCGGGCGGCUCGGAGCAGGAACGGACGAAGAAGAAGCGGCGGGGCGACCGUUACUCGGUGCAGACCUCCCUCAUCGUGGCCACGCUCAAAAAGAUGGUCCCCAUCGGUCUCAACAUGUGCGCCCCCACGGAUCAGGAGCUCAUCAACCAGGCCAAGACCCGCUACGCUAUGAAAGACACGGACGAGGAGGUGCGGGAGUUUCUCCAGAGCCACCUAUCCCUGCAAGGGAAGAACGAAAACUCGCCGUCCAUGCGCUGGCAGAUGGCCCUGUACCGGAGCAUGUCCGGCCGGGCCGAGGACGCCGACGACCCCGACAAGAUCGUCCGCCGCGUCCAGGAGGUGUCCGCCGUGCUCUAUCACCUGGAGCAGACGGAGCACCCGUACAAGUCCAAGAAGGCGGUGUGGCACAAGCUGCUGUCGAAGCAGAGGCGGCGGGCCGUCGUGGCCUGCUUCCGGAUGACGCCCUUGUACAACCUCCCCCGGCACCGGGCAUGCAACAUGUUCCUAGAGGCCUACAAACUGGGUUGGAUCGUGACUGAAGAGCACAGCUUCGAGGACCGGAUGAUCGACGACCUGUCGAAAGCAGGGGAGGAGGAGGAGGAGGAGGAGGCGGCAGAGGAGCAGAAAGAGAAGCAGCCGGAUCCGCUCCACCAGCUCGUGCUACACUUCAGUCGGACGGCGCUCACCGAGAACAGCAAACUGGACGAGGACUACCUGUACAUGGCCUACGCUGACAUCAUGGCCAAAAGCUGUCACCUGGAGGAGUGUUCAGAGGAGGCGGAAGCUGCGGAGGAUGAACAGGAGGCAUCCUUUGAGGAGAAGGAAAUGGAGAAACAGAAGUUGCUUUAUCAGCAGUCUCGGCUGCACAGCCGAGGAGCCGCUGAAAUGGUCCUGCAGAUGAUCAGCGCCUGCAAAGGGGAACCGGGCGCCAUGGUGUCCUCCACCCUGAAACUGGGCAUCUCCAUCCUCAACGGGGGCAACGCUGAUGUUCAACAGAAGAUGCUGGAUUACCUGAAGGACAAGAAGGAAGUUGGUUUUUUCCAGAGUCUGCAGGCCUUGAUGCAGACGUGCAGCGUCCUGGAUCUCAACGCCUUUGAGCGGCAGAACAAGGCAGAGGGUCUUGGCAUGGUGACGGAGGACGGGACGGCCAUCGACCGGCAGAAUGGAGAGAAAGUGAUGGCGGACGACGAGUUCACUCAGGACCUGUUCCGCUUCCUGCAGCUCCUAUGCGAGGGGCACAACAACGACUUCCAGAACUACCUGCGGACCCAGACGGGGAACACCACCACCAUCAACAUCAUCAUCGCCACCGUGGACUACCUGCUGAGGCUGCAGGAGUCCAUCAGCGACUUUUACUGGUACUACUCGGGGAAGGACAUCGUCGAUGAGCAGGGCAAGAGAAACUUCUCCAAGGCCAUGGCCGUGGCCAAGCAGGUUUUUAACAGCCUCACCGAGUACAUCCAGGGCCCGUGCACGGGGAACCAGCAGAGCCUGGCACACAGCCGCCUGUGGGACGCCGUCGUCGGCUUCCUGCACGUGUUCGCGCACAUGAUGAUGAAGCUGGCACAGGACUCCAGUCAGAUCGGGCUGCUCAAGGAACUGCUGGACCUGCAGAAGGACAUGGUGGUGAUGCUCCUGUCCCUGCUGGAGGGCAACGUGGUGAACGGGAUGAUCGCGCGGCAGAUGGUGGACAUGCUGGUGGAGUCAUCCAGCAACGUGGAGAUGGUGCUGAAGUUCUUCGACAUGUUCCUCAAGCUCAAGGACAUCGUGGCCGCAGACGCCUUCCGGGACUAUGUCACCGACCCCCGGGGGCUCAUCUCCAAGAAGGACUUCCAGAAGGCCAUGGACAGCCAGAAGCAGUUCUCUGGGACGGAGAUCCAGUUCCUGCUUUCCUGCUCGGAGGCGGACGAGAACGAGAUGAUCGACUGCGAUGAGUUCGCCAGCCGCUUCCAGGAGCCGGCCAAGGACAUCGGCUUCAACGUGGCCGUGCUGCUGACCAACCUGUCGGAGCACGUGCCCCACGAUCCCCGGCUCCACACCUUCCUGGAGCUGGCCGAGAGCAUCCUGGAGUACUUCCGCCCCUACCUGGGCCGCAUCGAGAUCAUGGGGGCCUCCAAGCGCAUCGAGCGCAUCUACUUCGAGAUCUCCGAGACCAACAAGGCCCAGUGGGAGAUGCCCCAGGUGAAGGAGUCGAAGCGUCAGUUCAUCUUCGACGUGGUGAACGAGGGCGGGGAGGCGGAGAAGAUGGAGCUGUUCGUCAGCUUCUGCGAGGACACCAUCUUCGAGAUGCAAAUCGCGGCGCAGAUCUCGGAGCCCGAGGGCGGGCCGGAGGAGGAGGAGGAGGAGGAGGAGGACGGGGGGGAGGAGGAGGGGGCGGCGGAGGAAGAGGGGCCGGGCGGGCCGGCGGGGGCCGAGGGCCGGUCCGCCUUCGGGGAGCUGCUGGGGGCGGCGACCUCCUGCCUCCGCCUCUUCGGCUACCGGGCCCUGCGGCGCCGGGUCCGCCGGCUGCGGCGGAUGACGGUGCGGGAGCUGAGCGCGGCCCUGGCGGGGCUGGUCUGGACGCUGCUGAGCCGGGUGGCCCGCAGCCUGGCCGGGCUGGCCCGGGGGGUGGCCCUCCUCGUCUGGGGGUCCCUGUUCGGCGGCGGCCUGGUGGAGGGGGCCAAGAAGAUGACGGUGACCGAGCUGCUGGCCGGCAUGCCCGACCCCACGCAGGACGAGGUCCACGCCGACCAGCCGGCCGCCCCGGGCGCCGCGCCCGCCCAGCCCCGGGACGGGCCCGAGGCGGAGGCGGACUUCGCCGAGGACGGGGGCGACGCCCCGGGCGACGACGGCCCCGAGGUGGCCAAGGACGGGGCCCACUACCGGCCCGGCGGCCCCGACGCCCCCGGGGGGCUGGGGGACAUGGGCGACAUGACGCCCGUGGAGCCGCCCACGCCCGAGGGGUCCCCCAUCCUCAAGAGGAAGCCGGGGGACGGCGAGGAAGAGGAGGAGAAGGAGGAGCGGGAGGAAGAGCCCCCGCCGGAGCCCGAGAAGGCCGAUGCCGAGAACGGGGAGAAGGGGGGUCCCCAGCCGGAGCCCGAACCCCCGAAGAAGAAGGCGGCGGCGGCCCCCCCGCCGCGGAAAGGGGAGGCCGGAGCCUCCGCCGGACUGGACUUCUGGGGGGAAAUGGAGGUCCAGAGGGUCAAAUUCCUGAACUACCUGUCCCGAAACUUCUACACGCUGCGUUUCCUGGCCCUCUUCCUCGCCUUCGCCAUCAACUUCAUCCUCCUCUUCUACAAGGUGUCUGACUCCCCGCCGGGGGAGGAGGAGCUGGACGGCUCGGGACUGGAGGAGCUGUCGAGCGGCUUGGGAUCCGGCGAGGGUUUGGGCAGCGGGCUGGGCUCCGGGGCCGGCGAGGAGGAAGACGAGGAGGAGAAUAUGGUCUACUAUUUCUUGGAGGAGAGCACCGGCUACAUGCAGCCCGCCCUGCACUUCCUCAGCCUCCUGCACACGCUCAUCGCCUUCCUCUGCAUUAUCGGCUACAACUGCCUCAAGGUGCCCCUGGUGAUCUUCAAGCGUGAAAAGGAGCUGGCUCGGAAACUGGAGUUCGACGGCCUCUACAUCACCGAGCAGCCCGAGGACGAUGACGUGAAGGGCCAGUGGGAUCGCCUGGUCCUCAACACACCAUCGUUCCCCAGCAACUACUGGGACAAGUUCGUGAAGCGAAAGGUGCUGGAUAAACACGGUGACAUCUACGGGCGGGAGCGGAUCGCCGAGCUGCUGGGAAUGGACCUGGCCAGCCUGGAGAUCACCGCCCAGAACGAGAAGAAGCCCGAGCCCGACAAGAGCUUCAUCACCUGGAUCAUGUCCAUUGACAUCAAAUACCAAAUCUGGAAAUUCGGAGUCAUCUUCACUGACAAUUCGUUCCUCUACCUGGCCUGGUACAUGGUCAUGUCCCUGCUCGGCCAUUACAACAACUUCUUCUUCGCUUGCCAUCUCUUGGACAUCGCCAUGGGGGUCAAGACGUUGCGGACCAUCCUUUCCUCCGUCACCCACAACGGCAAACAGCUGGCGAUGACGGUGGGAUUGCUGGCCGUGGUCGUUUACCUGUACACCGUGGUGGCCUUCAAUUUCUUCCGCAAGUUCUACAACAAGAGCGAAGACGAGGACGAGCCGGACAUGAAGUGUGACGACAUGAUGACGUGCUACCUGUUUCACAUGUAUGUGGGGGUGCGAGCCGGCGGGGGCAUCGGGGACGAGAUUGAAGACCCGGCGGGGGACGAGUACGAGCUGUACCGCGUCGUCUUCGACAUCACCUUCUUCUUCUUCGUCAUCGUCAUCCUGCUGGCCAUCAUCCAGGGUCUGAUCAUCGACGCCUUCGGGGAGCUGAGAGACCAGCAGGAGCAGGUCAAGGAGGACAUGGAGACCAAGUGUUUCAUCUGCGGCAUCGGCAGCGACUACUUCGACACGACCCCACACGGCUUUGAAACCCACACCCUGGAGGAGCACAAUUUAGCCAACUACAUGUUCUUCCUGAUGUAUCUCAUCAACAAGGACGAGACAGAGCACACGGGGCAGGAGUCCUACGUCUGGAAGAUGUACCAGGAACGUUGCUGGGACUUCUUUCCGGCCGGUGACUGUUUCCGCAAACAGUACGAGGACCAACUGGGCUGAGACCCGGCCCCUCUCCCCGCCCCCGCCCCGGCUAGGGCGCUGCUGCUGCGCUGGGGACCCCCACCCCAAUUCAAGUGCCUUAUCCCCCGCCCCGGAGCCUGACACUCCUCUCUCCCCCCCCCCCAGGGCGAACCCGGUUGGGGAGGGGGAGCCUCUCCCGGUGUCCCCCCACCCACCCAUCAGUGCAAUAUCCUCCCCCUGCGGCCCCGAGGGGUCCCGCCGGACCCCUUCCCCAUUCCCCUCCCACCCCUCCAGCUGCUGCUCCCAGAGUGGGGCGGGUCGCAGAGCCCGGGUCCGCGGGCUUGUGGUUUCCUGUUGAAUAAAAUCGUUUCUUGCUGCA